AUGACAGACUCGGCGGCCGCGCGCGCCGCGCCCAAGUCGGCGUCCGACACGUACCAGAAGCUGAGCCAGCUGGAGCAUGUGCUCAGGCGUCCCGACACGUAUAUCGGCAGCGUCGAGAAGCGCACCGAGACCAUGUGGGUGUAUGACGCCGCGAAGGAGCAGAUGGUCUACCGGGACACGACGUACGUGCCUGGCUUUUACAAGAUCUUUGACGAGAUCCUCGUGAACGCCGCGGACAACAAAGUGCGCGACCCGGCGAUGGACACGCUCAAGGUCACGAUCGACAAGGCCGCCGGCACCAUCUCGGUGUGGAACAAUGGCCAGGGCAUCCCGAUCGAGGUGCACGAGAAGGAGCAGGUGUACAUCCCCGAGCUCAUCUUUGGGAACCUGCUCACGUCGUCGAACUACGACGACGACGAGGCGAAGGUCACCGGCGGCCGCAACGGCUUCGGCGCGAAGCUCACGAAUAUCUACUCGAGCGAGUUCACCGUUGAGACGGCCGACAGGGAGCGCGAGCUCAAGUACAGGCAGACGUUCAGCCAGCACAUGCACGCGAAGGACAAGCCGAAGAUCACAAAGAACUCGCGCAAGGAGGAGUAUACGUGCAUCACCUUCAAGCCGGACCUCGCGCUGUUCCACAUGGACGAGAUCGAUGCGGACACCGAGGCGCUGCUCAUGAAGCGUGUGUACGACAUGGCGGGCACGGUCCACGGCACCAAAGUGUACCUGAACGGCGAGCGACUCAAGAUCCGCAACUUUAAGCAGUACGUCGAGAUGUACGUGAGCGCGAUCCAGGAGAUCAGCGGCGUGCCGAAAGAAGAGGGCGUGGCGGACAGCGCGUCCGCGGCGCCCAAGCCGACGAUCGUGUACGACGCGUCCGAGGACCACGGGCGCGUGUGGGAGGUCGGCUUUGCCGUCUCGGACGGCUCGGCGCGCCAGGUGUCGUUCGUGAACAACAUUGCCACGAUCAAGGGCGGCAAGCACGUCGAGCACGUCGAGGCGCAGAUCGUGAACAAGAUCAUGGAGCACGUCUCGAAGGGCAAGCGGGGCACCGCGGUCAAGGCACACCAGGUGCGCCAGCAGCUGUGGAUCUUUGUGAACUGCCAGAUUGUCAACCCGACGUUCGACAGCCAGACGAAGGAGACGCUCACGCUCAAGCCGUCCGCGUUCGGCUCCAAGUGGACGAUGCCGGACGACUUUGCACGCAAGGUCCUGCGCUCCGGCGUCGUCGACAACGUCCAGUCGAUUGCGCAGUACCACCAGGACCGUCAGCUGCAGGCCAGUGACGGCCGCAAACGCUCGCGCGUCUCAGUCACCAAGCUCGAGGAUGCCAACUGGGCCGGCACGAAGCGCAGCGCCGAGUGCACGCUGAUCCUCACCGAGGGCGACUCGGCCAAGGCGCUCGCCGUGUCGGGCAUCAGCGAGGUCGGCCGCGACGCGUACGGCGUGUUCCCGCUGCGCGGCAAGCUGCUCAACGUGCGGGAGGCAUCGCACGACCAGAUCAUGAAGAACGCCGAGAUCAAGCACAUCAAGGAGAUCCUCGGCCUGCAGCACGGCAAGGUCUACGACAGUGUGGAUGGCCUGCGGUACGGCAGUCUGAUGAUCAUGACCGACCAGGACUUUGAUGGCUCGCACAUCAAGGGCCUGAUCAUCAACUUCCUCGACCACUUCUACCCGUCGCUGCUCAAGAUCCCCAACUUCCUCGUCGAGUUUAUCACGCCGAUCAUCAAGGCGACCAAGGGCCGCGAGGUCAAGGCGUUCUUCACGAUGCCCGAGUACGAGCAGUGGAAGAACAGCAGCGACGGCGGGCGCGGAUGGACGGUCAAGUACUACAAGGGUCUCGGUACGUCCAAGCCCGAGGAGAUGAAGAAGUACUUCCACGAUAUGGACACGCACUUGCUCGCCUUCGAGACGCUGCGCCCCGGCGACCGCGAUCUCGUCGACCUGGCCUUCAACAAGAAGAAGGCGGACGACCGCAAGGAGUGGCUGCGCCAGUUCGUGCCGGGCACCUACCUGGACCACCGCAUCCGCCAGAUCCCCAUCUCGGACUUUAUCAACAAGGAGCUGAUCCUCUUCUCCAUGGCGGACAAUAUCCGCUCGAUCCCGAGCGUGGUCGACGGCCUCAAGCCGGGCCAGCGCAAGGUCCUGUUCGGUUGCUUCAAGCGUAACCUCAAGACGGAAAUCAAGGUGCAGCAGCUGCAGGGUUACGUGUCGGAGCACACGGCGUAUCACCACGGCGACCAGAGUCUGGUAAUGACGAUUGUGGGCCUUGCGCAGGACUUUUGCGGCAGCAACAACGUGAAUAUGCUCAUGCCCAACGGCCAAUUCGGCACGCGCAGCAUGGGCGGCAAGGACGCGGCGAGCGCCCGUUACAUUUUCACGGCCGUGCCGCGCAUCACGCGCCAGCUCUUCCACCCGAAGGACGACGCACUCCUCAACUACCUCGACGAGGACGGGCAGAGCAUCGAGCCCGAGUGGUACGUCCCGGUCGUGCCGCAGGUGCUGCUCAACGGCGCCGACGGUAUCGGCACGGGCUGGAGCACGUUUGUGCCGAACUACAACCCCCGCGAUAUCGUCGCGAACCUGCGCCGCCGCAUGGUCGGCGAGGAGUAUGUGCCGAUGAUCCCGUGGUACCGCGGCUUUGCUGGCACGAUUGAGCCGACGGCGCCGGACCGCUUCCGCUGUCUCGGCAAGGCGACGCAGCUGGACGAGGCGACGUGGGAGAUUACCGAGCUGCCGGUGCGCGUGUGGACAUCGACGUACAAGGAGUGGCUCGAGGAGCGCGUGGUCGGCAGCGAUAAGGCUGCCGCCACGCUCCGCGAGUACAAAGAGUACCACACGGAUACCACAGUGCACUUCAUCGUCGAGCUCAAUGCGCGCGGCCAGGAGGAGAUGGAGCGCGUGGGUCCCGAGUCCUUCUUCAAGCUGUCGACGGUGAUCAGCACGGGCAACAUGGUGCUGUUCAACCCCGAGGGCAAGAUUAAGAAGUACGCGACGCCGCUCGAUAUCCUGGACGACUUUUACUUCUUGCGUCUCGGCUUUUACCAGCGGCGCAAGGAGCACAUGAUCGACGAGCUGAAGCGUGUGUACGACCGGCUGUCGAACCAGGCGCGCUUCGUCAGCAUGAUCAUUGCCAAGGAGCUGAGUGUGUCGAACAAGAAAAAGGCCGACAUUGUGCAGGAGCUGGGCGAGCUGCAGUUCCAGCGCUUCCCGAAGGUCGCCGCCAAGGCGCGCAGCGUGGCGGAGGUCGCCGAGGAGGAAGCAGAAGGCGAGACACUCGACGACGCUGAUCCCACGAGCCGUAUCACUGACUAUGACUACCUGCUGAGCAUGGCGAUCUACUCGCUGACAAAGGAGCGGGUCGACCGGCUCGUCAAGGAGCGCGACGAGGCUGAGACGCAGCUCAAGAUCCUCCUGGGCCGCUCGCCACAAAACCUGUGGGACGAGGACCUGACCAACUUCCUCGAGGCAUGGGACGCGGUCCUCGCUGAGGACGCUCGUCUCGCUGCGCUGACGACGACCAAGGUGACCGUCGGGCCCCGCAAGCGCCGCGCGCCUGUCAAGAAGAAGGAGGGCAGCGCAUCGCCGGUCAAGAAGGCCAAGGCCCUCAAGGAGGGCACACCGGUGCCGCUCGCAGAUAUACCAAGCGCGCCACCCGCCAUGACGGCGGCGCACGAGCCGGUGCCUGAGGGCGAAGACGAGCUGAGCCUGCCGCCGCCUAAGCCCGAGGCGCCCGCCAAGUCCGCCAAGGCUGCCAAGGCUGCCAAGGCUGCCAAGCCCGCCGCCAAGCCCCGCGCCAAGGCGGCGCCGAAACCGAAGGCGCCUCCCAAGUCACGUGCAAAAGCAGCGCCGUCCGACGACGACGACGACGACGACGACGACGACGAGCUAGCUGCGGCUCCGCCGCCGCGCCGCGCCGCCAGCAGCCGGGCGGCAGCGCGCGCGCGCCCCGUGUACUCGGCAGACAUGGAUGACGACGACAGCUUCCGAGGACAGCGAUGA